UUGCCGGUCAGUGUAUGAUCUCAUGUCCCUUUAAUAUUUUUGUUUCCUCUAAUGAAAUGCAAACUACAGCAUGCCGGGGUUGCGGUACACCAGUGUGGUCUCUGCUUUUUCCAUUUUCCAUCCUCCUCCUGCUGCUCCUGCUGAUGCUGCUUGCUUGCUUGCUGCUGCUGGUGGUGGUGCUUGAUUGCUCGCUGCUGUCUACGUCAGAGGUGGCACUGCGGCGCAGUGUCGGGCUGCAGCAGCAUGGUGGGACAGAGGCGAUGCGACACCGACUGAACAAAGUUUAAAGAUGCCGCACAAAGCAGCAGCACACCACACAUGGCUGGAACAGAGGUCCGGCCCAGUCAACGCCUUCCCCCGUGCCUCUUAUGCAAGGACUGUUUUCUUUUUCUCUGCGUAAACAAACAUCGGCCUAUGCAUCGCAGCUCUCGGACACUCCACCUGCGUGAUCUGCGAGCCAGCGGAGCAGCAGCAGCGGCAGCAGGGGGACUCCACUGGUCUCAUAAUCGCAGUAUAACGAAGGAAUCUCACGUCUGCUGCCGAGGAUGAACUUCAAAAACUUGAGGGAGUACCUGGCUUGGUUGUACUACCAAUACCUGCUCAUCACCGGCAUCUAUGUCCUGGAGCCGUGGGAAAAAUCCAUCUUCAACUCCAUCCUCUUCUCUGCCAUCGCCAUGGUCGUCUACACCUCAUACGUCUUUGUACCCAUCCACGUGCGUCUGGCGCUGGAGUUUUUCUUAGGCAUCUUUGGCGGCCAGCUGGAGAGCACCAUGGCACUCAUGACCUAAAAGAAACAAAACAAAACAUGAAGGUAAAGAGACAGAAAAUGUGUGGAUGAGCAUGAAUCUGUAAAUCAUUUCUUAUAACUCAACUCCUUAGAUCCUAGAGCACCUUGGGCCCUCUUUUUACAACACGUUCGCCCUAAACCACGGCAAUCAGCCACCUCCGCGAAUCACGACUGAAAACAUGAAGAUCUUAAUGGAACGAUGUGGAAAUCAGAGCCUUACUAUCUUCUUUACAUCCCAAACCCUCCAGCCUUACCCCAUGGUAUUAGACAGGCAGCAGAACAGUGCUUUCACACAUGUCCUGUGAGAUGUCUUAUGAUAUGUUGUUUGUCCUUAUUGAUUUUUUGUUUGUUUUUGGGUUUUUGUUGUGUUUUUCACCAUAUGUCCUGUGUGAGUGCAUACCACAUAUGUGUUUUGCAUGAUAGGGUCAUAUAUGGGCAGUAGAUUUGCAUGCUCAUCUCACUACGAAAUACUACUAGACUUGUCUUUCUUUUAUUGCCUUUUAAGGUCCAGACUUUAAAGUCACUAUUUACAAAAAAGCGGAGUAAUCGUUUUAUAGUGUCUGAAUCCAGUCUGUAAAAUUUAUGUCUCGCAUUCUCAAUUUACAGCUCACUACAGAGCAAACUGUCACGUUUCAAGUGUUACACAGUGAGAGGCGACUACGUGAGUUCGAGAUGAUUUUAGACACAGCCCAAACUUCCUUCAGACCACAGAAAGCAUUAUAUGUCAGGCUCUGUGGGACUUAAUGCAACAGGUAAACUAAACUUGCAAUGUAACAUCAGUGACGUUUUCUUUGUAAGUGUGUAUGUUUGUUUAUCUGAUGUAUCUGUGAUGCCAUGUUAUCUCGUACACCCACUGUAGGCAGUUAAUCUGUGGUUUUGCAUCAGAACCACUAUCACUUUUUUUGGGGGGGGGGAGUGUUUGUUUGUUUUUAGUUGCCUUUAUGAGCUGUAAUACUGACUGGCAGGGCACAUUACACAUUUCACGUAGAUGUCAUUUAGCUGAUCUUAAGAGAGAGGACUGAUAAAAAGCCCAACCUAUGCAAUGAGUCUUAAAACGUUCGUGUUAAGACUCUGUUAAACAGAUUUUCCCAGUCAGCGUGAGUAAUAUUAAACCAAAAUAACAGAAGAGAUACGUGCCGAGCCCUGCUUUAUCUGUAGUUUAUUAACUGUUGGCAUUUCUGGUAGGUGUGCUCAGCUCUGAGCAUGAGCAAAUAUUGAUACAACACACCUUUGUGUUUUAGGCUUGGCUUUGGUAAUAACGUAACUCUACUUCACAAACCCCUGAAAUCAAAGAAGAACUGUUUGAUGUUUCAUGUAGAAUGCAAAGAUACUGUAGGCAAAUUAACCCAAAUGAAAAACAAUGAUAUGGCUGACCACAGUCUUCCUUAUCUAUAGUUGAUCUAUAGAUAGAAAGUGAGUUUUAGUGUGUCUGGUAGCUGCGAUGAGCAUUGUGCUUUGGAUCAUUUUUAGCUAUUUGUGCUUUGGGUGAGGGGCUCGCCGGUUAUAGUUUAAGCAUAAGUUACAAUGAGUUAAUUUUAUUUAUAUGGAUUUAUAUAUUUAUAUACACUGGUAAAUGCUUGGCUGGUUACAAUGUCAAUUACCAAAUUUUUGUGAUUAUUUAUAUCUGUGUUCUCUCGUGGCCAUACUUUUGUUAUUUGCUCUGUUUCUCUACCUUAAAGUGCUUUUUAUAUUGUUGUAUCAUCUCAUUUCACUUUGGAUAAACAUUUGCUGAAGUCUCAGACGUUUCCGGCUCAGACAAUGAUGCAUUCUCUGAAAAAUCUUUUCUUUUUUUUUUCACUGUGCACAAAAUGAAUGUUUUAUUUAUACAUGAUGGUGACACAUCGCUCCAGUAAUCAGAAAAUAAAAAUGCAUCUGAAGAUUCUUGGACAA